AUGGUGCUCGGUGAAGCGUGUCUUUCUUAUUCUUUCUUGCUUUAUUUUUUUUCCUUCUUUUUUCUUUUCUUUAUUCCUUUCUUUAAUAUUUCGUCUUCAUUUCUUUCUUACAUGACGUUAUUUUUUUUAUUUCUUUCUCUUUUUCUUUCUUUUCCGUAUCUCUUUCCCGCCAUUUUUGAAUUCUUUCUUUCUUUCUUUUUUUCUCUUUCUUUCUUUCUUUCUUUAUUUAUUUAUUUUUCUGUUUCUUUCUUUCUUUCUUUCUUUCUGCCAUUCUUUCUUUCUUUGCUUAUUUUUCUUUUCGCUUUUCGUCCUUCAUUCUUUCUUUCUUUCUUUCUUUUCUCUUUUAUCCUUUCGUCUUUUCGUCCGUUUUUCUUUCUUUUUUUAAUUUCUUUCUUUCUCCUUGUUUAUUUUCUUUCUCUUCAUUCUUCAUAUCUCCCUUUUGUAUCUUCUUUCUUUCUUCCUUUUUCCUUUCUUCUUGCCUUCUACUCAUCCUUCCUCCUUUUCCUUCUUUUUUCUUACUUUCCUCUUAGUUUUUAUGAUUAUUAUUAUUAUUAUUAUUAUUAUUUCAUUAUUCUUUUUUUGGUUUCUUACUUCUCAUUUUUUUUCUUCCUUUAUUGUUUGUUUUCUAUCUUUCCUCUUUUUUCUUGUCAUUUAUUAUUUUGUUUUUUUUUUUCAUUUUCUUGCAUUCUUUCUUUGUCGCUAUUGCGUUUAUUGUUCUUUGUUUUUGUCGAUUUUCUUUCUUUGUUUCACGCUUCCUACAUAUUCUUUAUUUCUUUCUAG